AUGCUACGCAUGAAGCCCCGCGCGCGGGGGCCGGCGCAGUUCAAGCCGCCGGGGAAGCAAGAUGACCGGCAGCCCGACGGGUACGAGUCCGGGGGCAUGGUCAUCAAGAACCUGCCCUUCCUCUCCUUCGUCAACCCGGCGCGGGACCUCGACGCGCUCUACAAGCCGUUCAAGUCACCCUGUGAGAACAUCCGAACGUCCGAGAGCGACCGACUCUUGGCGACCAAGACCCUCGGGUCGCGUCGCCGCUUCGGCUCGAUGCCCGUCGCGCCGUUCAAGAAGCUUCCCGAAGUCGACGUGGUCAUGGACGACGUUGCGGACGCGGCGCCAGCGCCCGUGGACGAAGCUCCCAAGGCCGCCGACGAAAAGCCGCCAGAGCCCGUCGUGCUCUGGACCGGCAUGGUCAACGACCAAGAAGUCCAGGUCGUUGUCCCGAUGGUCAUCGGCAAGUGGCUCCGGCCGCAUCAGCGCGAGGGCGUCCAGUUCAUGUUUGACUGCGUCUCGGGAAUCCGCGGCUUUGAGGGCAACGGCUGCAUCUUGGCUGACGACAUGGGUCUCGGGAAGACGCUGCAGAGUAUUACGAUCAUGUACACGCUCUUGUGCACGAGCAUGCAAGGCCCAACGAUCCCGACGAUCAACCGCGCAAUUGUCGUAUGCCCCACGUCGCUCGUCAAGAACUGGGACGACGAGAUCAUCAAGUGGCUCCAAGGCCGCAUCAAGACCGUCGCCCUCUUUGAAUCGGGGCGCGAAAACGUUAUAAGUGGCAUCAUGUCGUUCAUCAACGGCAGCAAGCGCGCCAACAAGAGCAUGGCGGCCAAAGUCCUCAUCAUCUCGUACGAGACGUUCCGUAUGCACGCCGAGAAGUUCGUCAACGAGCCCCAAGCAUGCGAGCUCCUCAUUUGCGACGAAGCGCAUCGGCUCAAGAAUGCCAACUCGCAGAUCAACCAAGCCCUCAACGCACUGCCGUGCAAGCGCCGUAUUUUGCUCUCGGGGACGCCGAUGCAGAACGAUCUCGAAGAGUUCUACGCAAUGGUCGACUUCACCAACCCCAACAUUCUCGGGGAUCCGCGCGAGUUUCGUCGGCGCUUUCUGGGUCCGAUCUUGGUCGGCCGCGAACCUGAUUGCACCCAAGGCGAGCGCGAGUGGGCGCAACGAUGCUCGGGUGAAAUGUGCGAAAUCGUCAACCAAUUCAUCUUGCGCCGCACGAACGCGCUGAAUGCAAAACACUUGCCGCCCAAGCUCACCCAAGUUGUGUGCUGCAAGCUAUCGCACGUGCAGCGCAACAUGUACUCGCAUUUUCUGCACUCGAACGCGUUCCAUGCGAUGAUGACGAAGAAGAGCUCGCGCAUCUUGCCGUCCAUCACGGCACUCAAGAAGCUCUGCAAUCAUCCGAAUUUGAUCAUCGACAUGAGCAAUGGCAAGACGACGAUCGCACCCGGUUUUGAAGAGUGUGCUGCCUUCCUCCCGCAUGACGACCACCGGCAUCGGUCCUGUCAUCCCGAGUGGUCUGGCAAGUUUCAAGUGCUCGACAAGCUCAUGCACGAGAUGCGCAAGAAGACGACCGAUCGCAUCGUCAUCGUGUCCAACUACACCCAGACGCUGGAUGUCAUCACGGCGCUCUGUCGGGAGCGCGGUCUGCCUGCCGUGCGCUUGGACGGGUCAACGUCCGCCUCGAAGCGCAAGAAGCUCGUCGAUGUUUUCAACGACCCCAAGACCAACUCGUUUGCGUUCCUCCUCUCGAGCAAAGCUGGCGGAUGCGGCUUAAAUUUGAUUGGCGCCAACCGUCUCGUGCUCUUUGAUCCGGAUUGGAACCCCGCGACGGACAAGCAAGCGGCGGCGCGUAUUUGGCGUGAAGGGCAAAAGAAGCAGUGCUUCAUCUACCGCUUCGUCGCGACUGGCACGCUGGAAGAAAAGAUCUUUCAGCGCCAGCUCUCCAAGGAAGGUCUCCAGAGCAUCGUCGACGACAAGGAAGAGGUCAACUCGCUCUCGACCAAGGACCUUAAGAAACUCUUUGUCUUUAUGGAAAACACCGACUCGGACACGCACGACCAGCUCAAGUGCCGCCGCUGCCCGAAUGCAGACGAGUUGGUCCUCGAAGAGAACAAGAAGCUGUUGACGCGCCCGCAAAUCGACAUGCCAGCCGAAGAAGACUUGAACAAUUGGAAUCAUCACUACUCGUACGAGACCGUCGCCGACGAUAUCAUGCGCGACGCCCAAGCCGGCUCGGACCUUGUCAGCUUUGUCUUUAGCUGCCGCGUCGACUGGGACCUCUUCCAAGCCCAAGAGCAGCGCGAUCGAGAAAAAAGCAAGCGAUCGACGAAGAAAACGUGCUCAAGGCCGCCGCCAAAAAAGCCGCCGCGUCGAGCGACACGGAAGACGACGACGAGGUCGAAUUUGACGACGUGCCCUCGACGUCCAAGCGCAAGCGCCGAUCGAGCCUCAGCGAGGACGACGUUGUCAUUGUGGACGACGACGACGACGACGGAAAGAGCGACAGCACAGAGAGCGGCAGCGACGGCGAGGUCCAAUUCCUCGCGUCUCUUCCAGAGGCGGCCGCCGUGCGGCAAGCGAACCGAUCGCAACCAAAGAAGUCGCGCAAGGUGCUCUCGGACGACAGCGACGGCGACGUCGCACAGACACCGGAUGGCGAGGACGAUGACGACGAGAAUGGUGCUGAGACUCCGGCACCUGCCCGAAAAUCGUCGGCACCAGCACCGUCUGGCUGGUGGUCGCCACCAAAGUCGACGCUGCCGCGCAUCCCCGAAUCGGACGACGGGCUGGAAGAAGGCGAAAUUCCCAUGUGGGCCUGCCCGCGUUGCACUCUGCACAACGCGAUGACGUCCGAGUGGUGCGAAGGCUGCGGCAUGGCGCCGCCGCGCCGCGCCAAGCAGUCGGCCUCUGCGUCGCUCCAGCUCGAAGACUACUAAGAAGCAAUUCGACGGGCA